AACUUUACCCCCCAGGCAUAAUUUAAUUAUAUUUGCACAAUGCUUUGACAACAUAACUGCUGUGAAAAAAAUGUGCUCAAAUGUAAAGUAUACUCACAGUUUCCUAGUGCAAUAAAUAGUUUUCUUUAACAUAUAACGUAUAAAUAGGCCAACUGAAAACAAGAAAUAGCCUGUUUUAAACUUCCACCAGGCAUGAGGUAUUUUUCUAAACUGCUGGUAUAAAGUUUUAAAACUUACUGUAAUUUUAAUUUUUCCGUUAUUUCUUAAUAUCAUGGUAGCAUCGAAGCACACUAUUGUGACUCCAGUAUUGUCGGAGUUACCACCAUUACGGCCAAAAGAUGCCUCAAUCUUUUCUUUCUGUAGCGAGAAUUAUUUUCCCGCUGUGGUAUUUACAAACUCGAACAUGCAUGUGUAAGUUUCUUCCCCAGUUUUUGUUGUUUUAGUUAACAAGGUCAUGUAACUACAUGCGUUGUUAUUAUGUUAGUCAGAAGGACGGAGCCUUUGAGACGUCUUGAACGCAGCAAAAGAAUCACAUAUGUGGGCGCGCGCGUGUGAGGUUGUGAUGGGGCGGGAGGGGUACGGUGCAACUGGCAAGAAAUUUCAGGUCUAAGAAUAUAAUUCUCACACUGCAACAAUCAGUUAUGUGGCUUCAAACUAGCCUCAAGGGACCACAGAUACGAGGGUACUAUACCACGCUUUUGAAUAUCCACCCCCAACACCAGGAGACUGACAAACUGUACUCACGAGCCAUUUCGACUUCGUUAUAUCUGUGCUUGAGGGGGCGUGGUCAUUCCCAUCGGACUCGGCCAAUGGCGUCGCACUGGAAGGAGCUGGGCGUUCCAUUCGGUUAGGAGCAGAAGUUGAACAGCGCGAGCCGAGACAGAGCUCUAGAAAGGCAGAUAGGGAGAGGGCAGAGGCAACGGCCCUCUACUGGAGGGGGGGCUUAUUAUAACAAAUAUAUACACACAUGUGUGAACUGUUGGGCUGCACGAUAGGUCAUAUGUGGAUAAUAGUUAUUUUAGAAAAGCAUAUAACUGCGGCUUUACAUUUAAAAUGCCUAUUUUACUUUUCCUGUUAGACACGUCCGCCUCUAUGAAUCAGCGCACUUAUUUGGGUACGACGUAUCUGGACGUUGCUAAAGGCGCGGUUGAGGUCUUUAUGAAGCUGCGUGCCCGAGACCCGGCUAGUAGAGGCGACAGGUACAUGCUAGUUACAUUCGAUGAUCCACCAUACGGAGUGAAGGCCGGCUGGAAGGAGAACCAUGCCACCUUCAUGUGCGAGCUGAAGAAUCUGCAGGCGUCCGGCCUCACAACAUUAGGACACGCUCUUCGCACCGCCUUCGACCUGCUUAACCUCAACCGCCUCGUCUCGGGAAUCGACAACUACGGGCAGGGCCGCAACCCAUUCUUCCUCGAGCCAUCUGUGAUCAUCACCAUCACUGAUGGGAACAAGCUCACGCACAGCUCGGGAGUGCCAGAUGAGCUGCACCUGCCUCUGAAUUCUCCCUUGGCUGGCAGCGAGCUGACCAAAGAGCCUUUUCGCUGGGACCAGCGUCUGUUUGCACUGGUACUGAGGCUGCCAGGAGCAGCUACACCAGAUAAUGAGCAACUUGGUAGCGUCCCCACGGAUGAGUCUGCUAUCACCCAGAUGUGUGAAGUUACUGGAGGGCGAUCAUACUGUGUGCGAACACAGAGGAUGUUGAACCAGUGUCUGGAGUCUCUGGUCCAAAAGGUUCAAAGCGGUGUUGUCAUUAAUUUUGAAAAGACCGGGCCAGAUCCGCCUCCAGUUGGGGAAGAUAACUCUGUGGACUCAAGUCGGCCCGUGUCAUCCUUCAGCCCACAGCCAUGGCACAGCUGCCACAAACUCAUCUAUGUGCGACCAAACCCAAAGACUGGGGUGCCAGUCGGGCAUUGGCCCAUACCAGAGUCCUUCUGGCCGGACCAGAACUCUCCAACCCUACCACCUCGCACUGCUCACCCCGUGGUGCGUUUCUCUUGCGUGGACUGUGAACCCAUGGUGAUCGACAAGCUUCCCUUCGACAAGUAUGAACUGGAGCCCUCUCCGCUCACCCAGUACAUCCUGGAAAGGAAGUCCCCACACAUGUGCUGGCAGGUGUUUGUCAGCAGCAGCGGGAAGCAGAAUGACCUGGGGCAUCCUUUUGGCUACCUUAAAGCCAGCACCACUCUCACCUGUGUUAAUCUGUUUGUUAUGCCGUACAACUACCCAGUCCUUCUCCCACUCCUCGAUGAUUUUUUCAAAGUGCACAAACUAAAACCAAACCUUAAGUGGCGACAGGCCUUUGAGAUGUACCUGAAGACGAUGCCUCCAUACUACCUCCUGCCCUUGAAAAAGGCACUGAGGAUGAUGGGUGCACCUAACCUCAUCGCGGACACCAUGGACUGCGGACUGAGUUACAGCGUCAUUUCUUACCUGAAGAAGCUCAGCCAGCAGGCAAAAAUGGAGUCGGAUCGUCUGAUUGUGUCGGUGGGGAAAAAGGCUCCUCAGGAAACCGGCAUAAAGGUGAAGAACCACUCCAGCUCGCUUUCUCUAGCCCACCGGCGAGACUUUAAGCAGCUGCUGCAGGGAAUCACGGGGGAGGGGCCCCUUCGCCUGGCGGACAUCAAUUUCAAAGAGUUUGCCGGUUUCCAGAUCGUCCUGCUCAACAAGGAUGUAAAACCUCAAGCUUAUCGGAAUGCCUACGACAUCCCAAGACGGAACCUCCUGGAUCAGCUCACACGAAUGCGCUCCAAUUUGCUGCGGACGUCACUAAAACUGAUCCGAGGGCAAGAUGAAGAUUCCCUGCACAGUAUUCCAGUGGCUCAGAUGGGAAACUAUCAGGAGUACCUAAAAAUGAUGCCGUCUCCUUUGAGAGAGAUUGACCCCGAUCAACCUAAACGGCUGCACACAUUUGGGAAUCCUUUCAAGCAGGAUAAGAAGGGGAUGAUGAUCGAUGAGGCGGAUGAGUUUGUAGCAGGCCCUCAAAAUAAGAAGAGAGGAAAUUCCAGUGACUCCAAUUCGGGAGCUACUGUGAAGAGAAGGCGGAGCAUGUCACCGUUGCUGCGGCGGCCGCAGACACCAUCAGGGAACACCAACCAUGUGGUGAUUGGGAAGAACCUAGCAGGGAUUCAGGGGCAGCAGAACCUCCUCAAACCAGUUCCACAGCACAAAGGAGUGGAUAGCAGCAACAUGGUGGUCACAGAGAGUAACGGCGACAGCGCUCUCGGGCUCGACUCUGGGGAAAUCUGGCCUGCAGAGAUGGAAACUGAGGCAGGGAAUCCAUCUUCACCGAGUUUAGAGGAGAAAGUUGGGACAGGAGCAGCAGUUCGCGGGGAGGACCUCGGUACGAUGGAGGAGAGGCUGGUGGAAGAUCAUCUAAACGAGCAGCCGCUGGAGGAGAAGCUCAACUGUGAUCGCCUGAGUCCACAGAGCCAGCUGGAUGGCGCUGACGCUGAGCCGGCAGUGCCUGAGAUCAUUUUCAUAGCUCCACUAGAUGGCAACCUGGCAGAGCUGCGGACACGGGUCAUCAAGGAGGUCCGCAAACCCGGACGAAACUAUGAUGCAAUACUCAGACUACUGCAGCAGGUGAAAGGCCCGCCAAACGUAGAGAGGUACUUCAUCCAGCACGCCAUCAAAGAAGCAAUGAGGUUCAAGAAGCGAGUACUGAUCCAGCAGCUGGAGAACGCCCUCGCGGAGCUGGAGGGGAAGCAAACAACACCACAGCUUCCCAAUGACCAUGGCAGGUAGUGACAAAGCCACUUUUGCGUAAAUUUUCUUGCCGGCUGGACAUCGCCACCCGAAGAGAAGCAUCCCUCUAGACCAAGCCUCAGAAAUUCCAAAUUGGAAACCAGCUUGGGAGAAGAACAAAUGCACUGAUAGUCCCUGUGCUGUACGUCACAUCCUGUUAGAGGCAGAGGGCUUAUUCAGAGGAGGGGCCUUGGGGAGCAGCUCCACUGGGGAUGAGUACAGAGACUUUAAAAAUAAUCCUCUGACAGAUGCCUUAAACACCCAUAUGGCUUUUGUCUGUAUGGGGACGUUGCUCAGAAACCACACAUACACUCCAUUAGACAGAUAACACAGUAAGCCAGCAGAGCAAGGGAUAGACUGGCUUAUUGGGAUAGUUAUGCUAAAAAACAACAAAACAAAAAAAAACAGGCCCUUCUUCAGCUGGUCUGAAAAGUGUUUUAUGGGUAAUAAAAUGUGCAUUCAUGAAAAUUCAUGGAUGGAAGGAGAAAUACUGUCCAGAAGCAAGACAAACCCUCAUAUUUUUUAGUGUUAAAUCUGCAACAGGAUGCACUUUGUUGUCCAUGUUACUGUUGAUCAAUAUGCCCCCAUUAUUAGUGGUUGCACUGGCAUCAGAGGUGGGCAAUAUGGGAAUAAGACUAUGAGUGCCAUAGUAGCGAUUAGGGCUGGGUAUUGUCACUGAUAACCAGCCCGACAGCGCUGUACACAAUGGUAGACUGGUGAGUAAUAAGCGAGCAAAUAAUGCAGAUAACAGAGAUUUGAGACGACAAAACCUGCAGCAUCAGAAUCUGUGAGAUGUCGGCUUUCAGCCCCGACGGCGUGUAUGUGCUGUCGGGUGAACGAUUCACACUUUGUGCAGAAUCUGCUUACCUGCUCUCAUUUGCUGUUUUAGCUGUUUGGUGGCAGCAAGCAAGGCUGCACAUUAUGGGAAAUACUGUGUUUAGUACUGGGGUGUAUUAGAGUUGAGUCAAUGGAAUAGCAAACUCAUAGU